AUGACGGACAAGCUCCCACCGAAUUUGCUGGCGCUGUUUGCGCCGCGGCCGCCGCUGCGAUGGGUUGAGCCCCCCGACCAUGCCCCCGAGAAGCGCAAAACGGCACACAUCGACGGACUGGCUGCUUUCCUGCCUGACCUGGAGGCAUACAAGGAGAACGAUACCAGCGUUCCGACAGAGAGCUGGCUGGAAGCGCGCGAUCGCAAGAAGCUCGAGAAGAAGGAGGCUGCCGAGGAGCUAUCCGCAAACGCGCCCAAAUACUAUAAACCCAAUGAGGAUCCUCUGAUUCGCGGUGAUGCGUUCAAGACCCUUAUUGUUGCGCGCCUAAGCUACGAAGCUGACGAGCGUGAUUUGGAGCGCGAAUUCGGCCGCUUCGGACCCAUCGAGCGCACUCGCAUUGUCGUCGACACGCACGCGGCCGAAAAGGGAAACAAGAAGAAGAAGCCACACCGUGGCUAUGCAUUUGUUGUCUUUGAACGCGAAAAAGACAUGAGAGCGGCCCUGGAUGCUUGUGAUGGAAUCCGCAUCAAAGAUCGACGGAUCAAGGUAGACGUCGAGCGUGGCCGAACUGUCAAGGGCUGGAAGCCAAGACGACUGGGUGGUGGUCUGGGAGGCCGAGGGUAUACGAAAGCUCUACCCGCUCGCCCUGGUGGUCCUGGCGGCUUUGGUGGUGGUUUCCGCGGCGGUAGAGGCGGCUUCGAAGGCGGUCGCGGCCGGGGCGGCUUCCGUGGUGGUUUCGGUGGUCGUGGUGGGGGCUUCCGAGGCGGCGAUCGCGACUUUGGCGGUCCUCGUGGUGACCGCGGUGACCGCGGUGACAGAAACGGAUUCGCGCCCAGAGACGCGCCAUCUGGCCCUGGCGGUUUUGAUAGGCGCAAUGGCGACCGCGACCGCGGAUUCGACCGGGGCAGCCGCUACGAUGACCGGCGCGGAGACCGGGAUCGCGACCGUAACCGCGACCGCGACCACCACGACAGAGGCGACAGACCGCCCCGCGAUGGCGGCCGAUUCGGUGAUCGUGACGGUGGCCGUCGUACCGGGAGCAACAACGAGCCAAUCGGCCGACGCGACGGUGGGUUUCGCGAGCGGGACAGAGACUUCGACCGGCCUCGUGACGAAGACAACCGGAAGCGAGGAUAUGACGGCGGCGGCUACGAGGAUCCCCGGAAGAUCCGCAGAUACUAA